CUUCUCAUGGCUUCCUCUGCUCUUCUCAACCUCACCCUCUUCUUCUUAUUUUGUCUCGCAUUGAGCCCCAAUGCGCGCGUGGGUGCACAGAUCGACGAGGCAAGCAUGAAGCUGGUGUCGGAUGCUCUAGAAUGGCCAACCACAAUGUCAAUGUCGCUCUACGAUGAAGUCGACAGCGAAGAAGACAUAGAUGGUAGUCUUGAGAGGAGAUCCUUGUUCUGGAGGAGAAUGAAGUACUACAUCUCGUACGGCGCUCUUUCCGCCAACAGGAUCCCAUGUCCACCUCGUUCUGGAAGAUCUUACUACACACACAACUGCUUCAGUGCCAGAGGCCCUGUUCACCCUUACUCCAGAGGAUGCUCCGCAAUCACGCGCUGCAGGAGAUGAGAUUCACCACCGACACCACAUCAGGUCAUAAAUAAAACCACCAAUGUCUUAUUAGGUUCGUGUUUCUGUAGUAUUUGCUUUAUUAAAUUAAAGCAUCCUUAGUUGUGCUAAGCUGGGUUACCAACUCACGACUAGGCUUAAAGCUUGGGGUUUUUUGUGUGUUUGCGCUUUGCAUAAAUGGAUGUGCUUGCCUUUUAUGUUACUUAGUAUUUAUUCGUUUGUAUAAACCUAAACAGUAAUGGGAAUAUUUGCUACUCUACUU